UUUCAGAUACAAACGUUCCAAGAAAAACACGCUGUGCUGUUAAUAGACGAAAUAUCUAUACAACCGGGUUUGCAGUAUGACAAUUCUACUACUUCAGUUAUAGGGCAACCUACAAUGAAAUUAUCUGGCGGGUUUGAUAGUAGCCAUGAGAAGGCUUCACAUAGCCUAGUAUUUAUGCUGUACGGAAUUUCCACGAAAUGGAAACAAACUAUUGGCUAUGAAUUCACAGCGAAUUCAUUUUGCUCGCAAGAAAUAGUGCAGAAGAUUAUAACAAUAAUUCAAAAGGCACAUAAUAUUGGAUUGAUAAUAAAAGUAAUAAUAUCCGACAUGGGACCGCUAAAUAGGAGUUGGUGGAAGCUAUUGAAUAUUACAGCUAGUAAAUUUAGCAAAAUUAGUAAUUCUAUUCAACAUCCAUGCAACGACCAAGAUAGAUUGUUUGUUAUGGCAGAUACUGUUCACGUAUUUAAUAAUGUUGUGUGUUCUCUAAGAUCAGGAAAAAAUUUUUAUUUAGACGAAAUAAUAGUGAAAAAGUUUAACUUGUCAUAUAACGAAAUUUCUAUUGUUCCUAUUCGUGAAGUGUUUUAUUUAGACCAAAAGGAGACGUUGAAACUGCGUCCACGUCUUACAGAACACUACCUAAAUCCAUCGCACUUCGAAAAAAUGAAUGUAUGCUUUAAGUGUUGCAAUGUUGAAUAAUAAU